AUGAGGCUUCGGAUCUCCAUACGUCGAAACGGCCUCCCCGAAACAUUCAUCGUCUGGGCGAUUGAUACCACCUCCGCACCUACAGUUUAUCAGCUACUUGAAGAAGUCAAUGAAAUCAUACCAAUCGAGUCUGAUGGCGAGUGGGGGCUAGAAGACUACUCGGUAGAGUUGAAAGGUGUUAAUGGUACUAAUUACGAAUGCCUUCACUUUCAGCCGAUAGCCGAGGUUAUGAAAGAAGAUGAUGAGAUCUUAAUUCGAUGCCUUCUAACCAAUGAUAUCAAAAAGCGUAGGGUAUCAGGCCGGACUCAGAUCACACCUCAUGGAGUCCGUCUAUUUGACGGCGUGCCCUGGGGAAGACCACUGCUAAGAGAAAUCUCAAAUCGACCUUCGAUUAACAUCCGGCCCAAAAAGGUAAGACAAUCAUUGUCUAACACCUGCGACCUAGAUGACAAUGACAACGAAGGCUCAAGGUCUUCUGAUACUUCACCUACUGCUGACUCAGUAAGCGGCAGAAAUCUCCUUGCUAUAGCCCCAGAACUUGAUGAAAGUUCAGAAGACGAUACAGAUUAUGCUCCCGAAAAUUCCGAAGAGGAAAGUAGCGAAGAUGAAGACACCGAAGAGGGUGACGAGAGACAAAAUUUUAUAGAAAAGAAUGACGAAAAAGAUGAUAGUGCAGACGAAAAUGAGAGUAUACCCGAACCGGAGAGAGGUGGAGAAAUAUUUACCAACAAUACUCUAAGUAAGAAGCCUUCAGAUGUCGGCCCUAUUAAAGUGUUGAAUAAUGAGAUAGAUAUGUGUGAUCCUGCCAGCUCAAAAAGCAAUUCACAUGUUAAAUUCCGUGAGCUACAUUCAGCCUUUCCAACAUCGACACUAGAUGUGUGUAAGCAUGUACUCAAUGGAACACAUGGGGAUAUAAGUGAGGCCUGGGAGGCCAUGUCACUCGGUUUUCCUGCAAAAAAAUCCCGAAAUGCACUAAUAAAUUUAUGCCAAGAGAGUCUCCCCAAACUAUCGCAAGAACCUGGAUCUUCAGAACAAUUACCAUUGCUUGUUAAGUCCGACAGUCGCGAUAUUUUAGGAAUUGAGUCACAAGAUGUCACCAAACAAACUGAACCAACAGAAUCAUUAAUCGAACACUACGACAAAAACGGUCUACCUUUAGGAUUUAUCUCAAAUGGAAAGGCCUUGUCAUUCAUGGCAGACGUCACUCGAGAUUCAUCCAAACAUCCAGACUCUCUACAUAAAUCAUCUAAAUCUACUAAUCACACACAUUUUAAUUCUGAAUGCUCAAUGCCUCAUAUUUAUAGUACUGUUGCUGAACCACCACAGAAUUUACAAGGAGAGGAACAAAUAAAUAAUGAUACCAGCAAAUACGAUGAAAGCUCUUCUUCUAUGGAAACAAAAUUAAAAAGUGGUACCGAUAGUUUGACGACAAUUAGCCCACAAAAUCCCCAUUAUAAAAAAAUGGAUAUCAAAAUCCCAUCUACAGAAGACACCAAUGGUAGUAGUAAUAAAUGUAGAGAUUAUGAUACAAGUGAUAGCCAAGAUAGCAGUGACAGCGACGAUAGCAAUGACAGCGACAAUAGCAGUGACAGCGACGAUAGCAGUGACAGCGACGAUAACACUAGUGAUGAUAGCAGUGAUAGUUUCUCUAGUGAAGUCGAAAUACCUAAGAAAUCUUCUAGCGGAGAAGUUGGCAGCUUCGUCUCAUCUGCAAUUAAACGAGGAAAUGUUACUGUCAACCGACCCAAAGUAGCCCCAGGAGCAGGAAAAAAAUCAACCCAGCGCAGAAACGAACGGAGAAGAAUCUCAAAUGCCAUGAAAAGACUUCAGGAAAAGGGCCUCCUACCAGCAGGAAUAUCCAAAGAAGAAUUCUCAAAAACUAAUGGAAAGUCAAAUCCUAAAAAGGUUGAGCCUGAAGCCAGGGCAGAGGUAUGCACAGAUGAAAAAGUUUCAGCUCAGCCCAACUGUAGCGAAGAAUUUUCGCGCCGAAGAAAGGCAUUGUUAGACUCUUUAGCCUCAGGGGGUGUAGAAAUAGAUCAAAAUACGUCGAAUGAUCAAUUCGCUUCUAGACUUGGUGCAGAAAUAAAUGUAGAUAAUGUGUGUUUAUCUUCGAAUAUGGAGCCUACCUUUACUAUGACAGAGUCCGGGGGAAAUACUUGUCCCCAACCUGAUAUUUCCUGUCAUUUAAAUAGAUUGGAGACUAACGCUCCAAGAACUGGUGUUGCCGCAAGAGCUCACGAAGUAUCCGGUGAAACUAUUCCUAAAGAGAAUAUUUCCAAACGAAGAUCAAAGCUAGAUUUAGAUGCAGGGAGAAGGAUGCUCUUUGGAGCUAUGGGCCUCAAAGCUCCCAAGACAAGUGAAGAUGAAGAGAAGUUGAGAAAUCUAAUCUCCAAAAAUAUUAAGCCUCAAGAAAAAAAACCGGUAGAUCCAUUAAACAAUGAUAAGAAAGUAAUCGAAAUCAAUUCAGAGGAUUGGAGAGACAAAAUUAUCUAUCGAGCGGUUGAGUGUGUCCAGGAGGGAGUAAUCUUGAGCGAGCCACCAUUUCCAUUCUACCAAAGAUGGGACCCACAGCAAAGAGUAGGCAAGCGAAAAAAGAGUCAAUGUAGCCUUGCUCAACUUGAAAAGGAUGAUAGCCUUGUUCCUAACAAAAAACAGCGUAAGACCGAGUCUGAUCCCACAACAGAGUUUGAUAUUGCCGGAGUAGAUGCGAAUUCUAUCCAUCAAACGGACUUGGUGCUGAGUACUAGUCUUAGUGAUACUGUUCAGAUGGAUGGAGACAUACAAGCUGAAGGUGACUCCUUCAAUCAAGAGAGAGCUGGUGAUAAGAUUGCCUGUGAAAGUCUAGAAGAUUUGCCAAGACUCCCAGAUGAUAUGUCUACUCUCCAGGAAUUCAAAGAGAGUGACGCAAAACCAGGUGUCGUAAUUGCAUUCAAACAACUUGAGGUUUCUGCCACAAGUAGGUGGCAGCCUCAGAUUUCUGCAUUCAAAACAGCCAUCAUAACUAGCGUAAAAAGUGGAAUAAUUCAGGUAACUUUGGCGCGUAGAGAUAUUGAUAUUGCGGAAAAAUAUUAUGAUGAAAAUGGGGAGAGAAUUUAUUCCGGAUUUGAUGCCAUUGAAGAUGAAGAAAUGGAAGAUGAUGGUAAUCGUGAGCUCUGUUACAUAGAACUAAUAGAGCCGAAAGUUGUGCGACACCUUGAGGAAGAUGCCCAACCAAUAUAG